AAUUGGGGUGCUCAUUUUUUUGAGAGCCAACAACAAAGGAAAUAUGCUAUGUUCAGAAGAAGCUCUUCUUAGCCUCUUCAGCAAUCUCUCUAGCUCCUCCUUCCUCCUCCUCCUCUUCUUCUACUCUUCUUCCAUUCUCCUCCUCAAGCUCUUUCGCUUCGUCGGCAGCUAUCCGCUCUUCAAAAGAAAUCAAAAUGACUAUGGUAUGUUUUCCGAGUAUGAGGAGGAGGAAGAAGAAGAAGAAGAAAAAGAAGAAGAAUAUAAAGGUAGGCACAAUUACCAUGUCAACUACAUGGAAAAAGACCACCUUGUGGCCGACGUAAUCCAAGGCGGUAAAUCUAUUGUGUUCUUGCCUAAUCAAGAUCAAGCUGAGCAAGAUCAUCAUGAAUAUUCCAUGAAUCCCCCUGACUUGCAAAUGAACUCUGGAGAUCAAGAACAUUCAAGUUAUAAUUCUACAGAACAGUUCUCCGCUCAUGACUCCCCUGUAAUUCCAGAAACAGAUCAAAAUGAUAAUGACGAUGAUGAUGAUGAAGAUGGGUCAGAAGAAGAAGAGAUUACAACAGAAGAUGCUGAUUCACUUCAGGAAUCUGAUGCAAAUCAAAAUGUUCCCACAGAAGCAAUAGUCAUAGACCUCAGCAAAAGUACUACUCAUCCACCGACAAUGGAUGGACAUGAACAUGAUCAUCAUGAAAAUCACAGUGAUGGUCAAGAAACCGGGGACAGGAUAAAUUUUUCAAAAGAUGAAAAGUUUUUAAUUUUUGCACCGAGACGAUCGGAGGCUAAGAGGGUUGAGGCUAACGAAAAUGAUGAUGAAAAGAUCUUUGGGGACUCCUGCACCAUCGGUUCCACCUCCAAGAGCUCCUCGGAAUGGAGAAGCUCCAUCAAUUGUAGAGAUUCUGUUACUGAUGACCCUUUCUCUUCUUCGUCACGAAGAAGUUGUCCUAAAUGGGAAUCCUACACUGUUUUCCAAAAAUAUGAUGAGGAAAUGAUGUUUCUGGACAGAAUCAGUGCACAAAAACUCCAUGAAACAGAGUCACUUAGGUCCAUACAAGUUUGUCCGAGGUCGAUUUCAGAGAGAAUGGUACACAAGUUUGCCACAAUCAACAAGAAGCCAGACAUCAGACACAACCCAUAUCAUGAACUGGAAGCUGCAUAUGUUGCUCAAAUUUGCUUGACAUGGGAGGCUCUGAAUUGGAACUACAAGAACUUUGAACAGAAGAGAGCUACUCGGGGCCGAGAUUUCGACAUCGGCUGUCCAGCCGGUAUCGCUCAGCAAUUUCAGCAAUUCCAGGUUCUUCUGCAGCGUUACGUGGAGAAUGAGCCUUAUGAGCAGGGGCGGCGGCCGGAGGUUUAUGCCCGGAUGAGGCUUUUGGCACCCAAAUUGCUUCUAGUACCAGAAUACAGAGAUUCAGAGGAUGGCCAAAAGGAUGAAGGUUUUAAGUCAAGAAUUUCAUCAGCAUCAUUACUUAUGAUAAUGGAAGAUGGAAUCCGAACUUUCAUGAAUUUUCUGAGGGCAGACAAAGAAAAACCUUGCCAGAAGAUCAAAUCCUUCUUCGGGAGGACAAGAAGAGGUUCAGUAGACCCAACUCUUCUCGAUCUUAUGAAAAAAGUUAAUAAAAAGAAAAAAAUAAAGCUUAAAGAUCUCCGGCGAGCGCGGAAAUGCAUAAGAAAAAGAAAAUUAACGGUGGAAGAAGAGAUGGAGAUCUUGAUGGGUCUAAUUGACUUAAAAGUGGUGUCAAGGGUAUUGAGAAUGAGUGACCUAAGUGAAGAGCAGCUGCACUGGUGUGAAGAGAAGAUGAGCAAGGUGAGAGUUUUGGAUGGGAAAUUUCAGAGAGAUUCCUCCCCACUUUUUUUCCCAGCACAUUGAGAUUUGAGAUCCACCAAAGCAAAGAAUGUGGCUUGAUGACUACAUAAUGAAUGUGCUUGGAUGCCGCACAAAUGAAUAUCCUAGGGAACUUUUUGUAAAUACAGUAAGAUAUGUAGGAUGGAGGGCCCUACAAAUCAUCAAAGUAAGUUCAUGUGGGGGUGACAUAGAACAAGAGUAAAGACAGGGAGGUUUUGUGGUUUUCAUGAAGAAUGAAAGUGAAAGAGCAGAGACAAAGCAAAGAGCAUAGAGGGUAGCUUUAUUAUGCCUUUUCUUUUUGUAAAUUAGGGUUUAUCUUUAGGGAUUUGGAAUGACCCAAAAUAAGAGAAGGACAGAGGAAUAAAAGGUAGCACAUGGCACGCUCAAAGCUGGGUAGUCAGCGGUGGUAGUAGCCUUAUGUGACCCCACUUAGACUGGGAAAAAGAAGAGGAACUAUAAUAAAUGGGUAUAUCAACCGUUGGUUCAGAGGUGAGUCCAAAGGAGAAUAGAUGUUUUUUAUGUUCAUGACUCAUGGAAAAGGUAGUCUUGGAAUCGACUAUCAUUAGAAAAUUUGAAUAGCAUCAGUAUUCACUUAUAUAAAUUAUAUAAAUUAAG